UACUAUUGACAGUAGCACGUACAGUGGCUUGGAAAUAACCUAAAGCCGUGGUACCAACACGCUUGCAACUCACCAACUCUUUUAAGAUUUAUAUUGGCAAAUGUAUUUAGAUAAGGCUCAACGCGAAGUGGCUCUUAGCAUUUUUGUGCAUAUAUUGUCUAGCGAAUGACAGCUUGAACUCCAAGUCUGCGUCGUGACAUCUUUGCUUUURAUAUUAGUKCAUGGGCUCACGAAUAACAAGUCAACCGCGAAAGCUUAAACUAUACCAUGACYAAGYCAAUGGAUCGAGCAAGCAGUAACGACACCAGUAAUUAUGAGCACCAUUUUGUCUCACACGAUUUGUAUCGACAGAACCUAUUCAGACAGCUGAACGAGAUACGAAAAAGCGAACACUUGUGCGAUGUUGUCAUUACCACAGACAAUGGAACUCAACGAUUUGCUGCUCAUCGUGUCGUUCUCUCAGCCGCAAGUCGUUAUUUUCACAAACUGUACGUUGGAACUGCUCUUGCAAGGUACUCCCGGGAGACUAUUCUAAGCGGAAUCUGUGAAGGUCUCUUGGGGAAYCUACUAAGCUAUAUUUAUACAUCCGAGAUUUGCAUCAAUGGYGAAAAUGURAGGGCUAUUCUMCAUGCUGCAUCUAGUUUAGGAAUGGAUUUAUUGAAACUGGAAUGUGAACAAUAYCUCGAAAAGCAUUUACAUUUUGGGAAUUGCAUUGAGAUGAUGKCUUUAGCUYUGAAUUAUUCCUGUGGAUCACUUYUACARAAGUCAAAACGUUGYGUCUGUGAACAUUUUUUAAAACUUUCUACCACUCAACCAUUUCAUAGAAUACCUGCUGACCAGCUGAAUAUUAUUCUCGCGGACGACGAUUUAAAUAUCACCAAAGAGGAAGAGGUCUAUGAAGCGCUGAUUGGUUGGAUUCGGUAUGAUUUUGAGAGGAGAAAAGAUGCGUUUGACAAACUACUAGGCAAUGUUCGUUUAGCGUGUCUUAGUAGAAGAUACCUUGUGGGUACUGUUGAAAGAGAACCGCUAGUGGUAAAUUCUGAAAAAUCAAAGCGUUCYGURACUGAAGCUUUAAAUUUGAAAACCAUUGAAAAACGAGUYCCUCAGAAUGUGUUAGACAAUAAAAGAAAACGAAGAUGGAGGACAUAYCUAAUGGAAGCAAUCCUAAUAGUAGGUGGAAUGAUGGAAGACGCAGUAUCUGGAAAGUGCACWAAUUGUUACAAUCCCCAGACUGGUAAAUGGUAUUCUCUGGCAAAAGUAAGGGAUGAUAGAUUGAACUUUGGUAUGGCGCAACUAGGGUAUUGGACUGUCGCUGUAGGCGGAUGUUCUGCCAAAGAGAAUUUACACGUUGUAUCAAACGCUGAGAAGUUUGACCCAAAGUUUAAUUCAUGGACAAGAAUUGCAAAUAUGAACCAAGCUCGUUUCAAAUGUGAAGCAGCCGAAGUCAACGGACAGGUGUAUGUCCUUGGUGGGAUUGGAGGAUUAGAUUCUCUAGGAGGACUUUCGGCCAUGGAACGCUACGACCACGGGACAGACACGUGGACUCUCAAACCCGGGCCUCGUCAAAUACGUCAUACACAUUGCACUGCAGUGCUUAAUGGUUGCAUUUACGUCAUUGGUGGUCUAUCGCGAUCCAAUUCAGUUCUAAGGACAGUAGAGCGUUAUGACCCAGAAAGCGACCAAUGGAAUACCGUAGCAGCACUAAACACUCCACGAAGCGGAGCAUGCGCAGUCGCGUUUGCAGGGAAGAUUUACAUCAUGGGAGGAGCGUCCCACAAGGGUUUGGCAUUGAACACUUGCGAGGUUUACCAUGCCAGUCAAGACAAAUGGUUUUUCUUUAAAGACAUGAAUGUCMGACGUGAUCGUGCCGAUGCAGCGGCAUACGGAAGGAAAAUYUACGUCUUCGGAGGAUCCUACGGAAACGURGUCGUAGACUCCGUAGAAUGCUAUGACCCAGCAAAUAUGAAAUGGAAAAUUGUCUCUUACCUUCCUCAUCCUCGGCAUGGGUUUCGAUGUUGUACUGGUGUUGUGAAUAGAGACUUGAUCCUGGAGGUCCAAGCAGGACAGCCUGUUGAUACAUCGGAACAACUUAUUUAGUCAAAUUUUGGAGGAACGUGUAGAUUGAAUAUAUAAAAUGAAUAAAGAGACUUAUAAAUAAACUUAGAAGUUUGGGGAUCAAGCAUGUAGGUUGUGGGAUCUCUUUGGGUUCAGGCUCCAGGUGAGGGAGCCUUGUUUCCCCCCUACUCCACCCUCCCUUAUCUUUGGAUUCGGUAUAUGCUGAGUAGCGGCCCUAAGGGAGGGCUUGGGUGGAGGAGCUACACCCUCCCCUAUAGAGCCGCUCGAGGUUAGGUUCGAUAAACUAAAGCGUAUACAUGCGGAUAAGAUAUGUAGUGAUAAGUGGGUGCUUGGGUU